CACACACACACACACACACACACACACACGCACACGUUUGUUUAAGGGGGUGUUACCAGCAUCCUCUUUCUGGAUUACUUAACCCCCCAGCAGAACAUUCUCUCCCUCACUCCUGUCCCAGGUACACAGUCUCUUUAGCUACACAGGUCACAGUCCCACCAUGGCCGCUCCGAGAAGCACCGCCCUAGAGGGGAGUCUCAAGACCAUGAUCGAGGUUUUUCACUUCUAUGCCACGAAGCAGGGAGACCCCCACUCUUUGAACAAGGGGGAGUUCCAUGCGCUGGUCUCCACAGAGCUGGCCAACGUGCUGGCGGACCAGUCGGACAGAGACAAGGUGAACACUCUCCUGUCCUCUCUGGACGCUGACAAGAAUGGAGAGGUGGACUUCGAGGAGUACAUGAGCAUGCUGUCCUCGCUGGCCAUCAAAUGCAACCAGCUGCUGACCGGAGCUCCGGCUCACAGACAAUGAGGAGACCAGCCACCUUCCAGCAACAACUCAGAGGGGAGCGGGUUAAAUUGUUUCCCCUGUUAUAAUCAUAGCAAAGUGUAACAAAGUACAGUGAAAUCACUGUAAAGCUAGCAUUGUAAGAGGUAUGGUAAAGCGUAUUAAUAAGCAUAGCAAACCAGGGUAAAUUAUGGUAAAUUCAUAGUAUAGCCAAGGGAAAAGCAUGAGGGAGAAACUGCAAAAAUACUGUAGUAAACUUUGAUUAGGGUCGUUAUGGGCUUUUUAAAAAAUAUUUUUGGCAUUGGUAUGGAUGGUGAUUUAUGAAUAAAGAUAAAGGAAAUUUGUUGUUUGGAAA